AUGGGGAUAUUAUCUGAAGGCGCGAAUGAGUGGUUGUUCACUCAACGCGGCACGCACCGUCUGUCCAAGGAGGGUGAUGCCCCAGCUACCCGCCACUACUUCAAGACGCACUAUCAAUCCCUUGCGACGCCGUAUCGCCGUUCGCCGCUCUUAUUGACCGCCACUAGAUCCUCGAUGACUCGUGCGUCAUCUGCUAGCGUCAAGCCGCUUAAGAAGCCAUUGAUGGUCCUAGCCCUGAUGCAAUCACCCGUCAGCAAACCUCUUGCUGCCCCGCGCAUUCCCCAGACUGAGUGGAGCCUAUGCGUCAAAAAAGCUCGAGUCGAUUCUCUGCUGUUGUGA